AGUCUGAUAGAAUAGAAAAGUAUUAGCAUUUCAUUAAUCAAGCAGUGCAAUACAAGCUAUGUGGCCAGGUUUAAUAUUUAGGGGUCAACAAGUAUGAAACACAGUAAUGCAAGCACCAAGAAAAUAUUUGAAAGCAUGAGUUUUAGGAGUUCAGUUUUUCCAUGUUUGAAAAUGGUUUCUAUGUAUAACAAAAUACAGUAUAGGCAUCCUAUACAGAAGCUUUUAUGUUCUUUUCACUUUGAUAAAAGACAUAGCAAGAUAUUUGUUUCCGUGUGCAAGAUUGAGACAUUUCACGGUCUAAUAUGCUUUGUUUUGAUGUACUUUGUUUCUACUUCGUAAACCAAUUUCUCUUAUCCCGUAAUUUUAUCAGACGUUCUGUUAAUGUAUUUUUGAGCUAAACCUUCAGUGAGUGCAGAUUCUGGUUGAGAGGCGCCCUGCGCAUGCGCGACUCAGAGCCACUGUUUGAGACGGAAGACUGCGGAGUGUCUCUCCACUUACUGCGAACCACGAGAAAAACUCAAGAAAAGUGCAGGACAACCAGCAGAACAUCUCAAACGAAACCUCUCUGAAGGGUCAGAUCAGAUCAGAAGGAUGUCAGGGUUUCUGGACGGGAUCAGAUGUGGCGAUUGUGAGUGUAAUGUGGACUGGGGAGAGAAGAGAAACACCAUCGCCUCCAUCGCAGCUGGAGUUCUGUUUUUCACAGGCUGGUGGAUCAUCAUCGAUGCGGCGAUAAUGUACCCAAAAGAGGAAGAAUUCCACCACGCAUAUCACACCUGUGGGGUUAUAGCGACUAUAGCCUUCCUCAUGAUCAAUGCGGUGUCAAACGGCCAGGUGAGGGGCGACAGCUACAGCGAGGGCUGCUUGGGACAGACAGGUGCCAGAGUUUGGCUCUUUAUCGGGUUCAUGUUGGCGUUCGGGUCUCUCAUCGCAUCUAUGUGGAUUCUGUUCGGUGGUUUUGUUGUGACUGAAAAAAAGGAUCUGUCCGUGUAUCCUGGUAUUGCAGUUUUCUUCCAAAAUGCAUUCAUCUUCUUUGGUGGUCUGGUGUUUAAGUUUGGCCGAACUGAGGACCUCUGGCAGUAAAGAUUUAUUUUCUUCAAUCAAAUCCCACAGUCCAUCAACACACAAUUCCUCUGUACUUAUUGCUGCUUAUUUGCACUCUACAGUUCUUUCUAAUUUCUUUUCCAACUCCUCAGCUGCCUCCCGUUCUUAAAUAUGUUCCUUUUUCCUUUCUUUCUCUUGUUUCCUGUGUGGCCACAGUGGGCGCCCACAGCGAGAGAAAUGUGAAUCAAAUCCAGACUCUGCAGUCAGAAUGGACACAUUUAGACUUCAUACUGCGACUAUAGUAAAAAUGACUUGUAUACAAUGGAAUUACAACCAAUAUAUCUUCAGCCUUCAGAAAAACAUUUUCGAAAUGUUAAACAUUAUUGAUUCACAAAAUAUAGUUACAUGAUAUUUUGCAACAGCAGUUUUUGAGCAGAACCUUUAAUAACCAAAAUAAGUACAGCUUCACUGUGUUUCUACUUUCAAUGUCACAUUUGAAUAAAAGUCUUUUCUUUAU